CGUGACACCUUUUAAAUUCCUGUUUCCCUGCAGCGUGAUUUGUCAGACGGAUGGUUUCUCUCUUCCAGCUCCGUUACGCGGCCACAUCUGUUCAUUUGGCUCCCUGAAGAUCCACAGCUCGAGCUCUUCCAGUCUUCCGUCGCGGGCUGCUGCGGUCACUGAGUCGUGGUUGUGCUGGAGUUGUAGCUCGGUCCUGUCUUUUGUUUCUCCGGUGUCACCAGUGAGGAGGACUGGAGCUUCUGUCAACACUGAACCCGAGAGAUCUCAGGCGCGGGCGAUGUCCUCUCCCUGAGUCCCGCGACAUCCCAUUGCUGGGAUACAAGAGCUUUUGUUUUUCUCUGGAAACGGGAGCCAGAGCGCGCUGGGAGGACUGGAGGAGAAAGGGCUUGCACGGUACAAAGCGGGGAUCACCACCGGAGACCCCCCUCCACUGAGUCCACGAUCUACCCGGGCUCACCGCACCAAGCUGAGGAACCAUGUCAUCCACCAAAUUCAAGAAAGACAAAGAAAUCAUUGCAGACUAUGAGACCCAAGUAAAAGAGAUUCGAAACCAGCUCGUGGAGCAGUUCAAAUGCCUGGAGCAACAGUCUGAGUCUCGCAUCCAACUGCUCCAGGACCUGCAGGAGUUCUUUCGGCGUAAGGCCGAGAUUGAUCUGGAAUAUUCUCGGAGUUUAGAGAAGCUGGCUGAAAGGUUCUCCUCCAAAAUCCGUAGCUCCAGGGAGCAUCAGCAGUUCAAGAAAGACCAGCAUCUCUUGUCCUCAGUUAACUGCUGGUACUUGGUGCUGAACCAGACAAGACGGGAGAGUCGGGACCAUGCUACUCUCAGUGACAUCUACACCAACAAUGUCAUCGUCCGACUGGCUCAGAUCGGCGAGGACGUCAUACGCAUGUUUAAAAAGAGCAAAGACAUAGGAAUACAGAUGCACGAGGAACUGGUUAAGGUCACCAAUGAACUCUACACUGUGAUGAAGACGUACCACAUGUACCACACAGAGAGCAUCAGUGCUGAGAGCAAGUUGAAAGAUGCUGAGAAACAGGAGGAGAAGCAAUUCUUCAAGUCUGGAGAUCUGAAUGUCAACCUCCUCCGCCAUGAGGACAGACCCCCACGGCGCAGCACAACAAGGAAGAUCGAGAAGAUGAAAGAGAAGAGACAAGCCAAGUACUCUGAGAAUAAGCUGAAAUGCACAAAGGCCCGGAAUGACUAUUUAUUGAACCUGGCAGCGACGAAUGCUGUUGUUGCAAAAUAUUACAUCCACGAUGUUUCCGACAUGAUCGACUGCUGUGACCUUGGUUACCAUGCCAGCCUGGCACGGACCCUCAGGACUUACUUAUCAGCAGAGUAUAACUUGGAGACGUCCCGCCACGAGGGACUUGAUGUCAUCGAGAAUGCGGUGGACAACCUGGACUCUCGUAGUGACAAGCAUAAGAUCAUGGAUAUGCAUAACCAGGUGUUCUGCCCUCCAAUGCGCUUUGAGUAUCUACCACACAUGGGAGAUGAGGUGUGCCAGGUAAGCGCUCAGCAGCCGGUUCAGACGGAGCUGCUGAUGCGUUACCACCAACUGCAGUCUCGCUUGGCUACACUGAAGAUUGAGAAUGAAGAGGUGAGGAAGACCUUGGACGCCACGAUGCAGACGCUUCAGGACAUGCUGACAGUGGAGGACUUUGAUGUGUCGGACGCGUUCCAGCACAGUCGCUCCACUGAAUCCAUCAAGUCUGUGGCCUCCGAGUCGUACAUGAGCAAGCUGAAUGUGGCGAAGAGGCGCGCCAAUCAGCAAGAGACAGAAACCUUUUACUUCUCGAAAUUCAAGGAGUACCUGAAUGGCAGUAACCUCAUAAUUAAGCUCCAGGCCAAACACGAUUUGCUGAAACAGACGCUGGGUGAAGGGGAGCGAGCUGAAUGUGGAACCACGAGGCCCCCAAUCCUUCCCCCAAAACCACAGAAAAUGCGGAAGCCUAGGCCUCGCUCCUCGUAUAACCAUAAGCUGUUUAACGGCAAUUUGGAGACCUUCAUCAAGGACUCGGGUCAACCCAUCCCGCUGGUGGUCGAGAGCUGCGUCCGAUACAUCAAUCUAUACGGAUUGCAGCAACAAGGCAUUUUCCGAGUGCCAGGAUCUCAGGUGGAGGUCAAUGAUAUUAAAAACUCAUUUGAGAGGGGUGAAGAUCCAUUAAUCGAUGACCAGAAUGACCAUGACAUCAACUCUGUGGCUGGAGUUCUCAAGCUUUAUUUUAGAGGACUGGAGAACCCGCUUUUCCCCAAGGAGCGUUUCCUGGACUUCAUUUCCACCAUCAAGCUGGAGUCUGGAGCUGAGCGAGCGCAUCACAUCCAGCAGAUUACCGUGACUCUUCCUCGAACCGUCAUCAUCGUCAUGAGAUACCUGUUUGCUUUUCUUAACCACCUGUCCCAGUACAGUGACGAAAACAUGAUGGACCCGUACAACUUGGCCAUCUGCUUCGGCCCCACCCUGAUGCCCAUCCCUGACGGCCAGGAUCCCGUCGCGUGUCAGGCUCAUGUCAACGAGGUCAUCAAGACCAUCAUCAUCCACCAUGAGGUCAUCUUCCCCAGUCAGCGGGAGCUGGACGGCCCAGUGUAUGAGAAGUGCAUGACUGGAGGAGAAGAGUACUGUGACAGCCCCCACAGUGAACCUGGAACCAUUGAUGAGGCUGACAACGGCACAGAACCACACACCAGUGAUGAAGAGGUUGAGCAGAUUGAAGCAAUUGCCAAAUUUGACUACGUGGGUCGAAGUCCAAGGGAAGUGUCCUUCAAGAAAGGCGCGUCUCUGCUGCUGUACCACCGAGCUUCUGAGGACUGGUGGGAGGGGCGGCACAACGGCGUGGACGGCCUCAUCCCUCACCAGUACAUCGUCGUUCAAGACUUGGAUGAUGCUUUCUCAGAUAGCCUCAGCCAGAAGGCAGAAAGUGAAGCGAGCAGCGGCCCGUUACUGGACGAUAAAACCUCCUCCAAACACGAUGCCCCGUCACCAUGUGAACCCUCGGAUUACAGCUUGCUGGGACGGGUCAGACUACGCUCUGAUGGAGCAGCUGUCCCUCGCCGUCGCAGCGGACCGGACACCCAGAGCCCCACUAGAGGCGCCGACACGCCACCCCGGGCUGCGGCCUGUCCCGGCAGCCCCCACAAAGUGUCCAUCAGCAAAGGUCGCGUGGAAAGUCCAGAGAAGAGGCGCUUCGGGACCUUUGGUAGUGCAGGAUGCAUCAAUUACUCUGAGAGGAAGGGCCACCCUGAGGGCUACACCCUGAGGCCGGUGCCCGCGGGCCCUCGACACAGCAGUCUGGGGGACCACAAGUCGCUGGAGACAGAGGCCUUAGCUGAGGACAUAGAGAAGACCAUGACUACGGCUCUCCACGAGCUGCGUGAGCUGGAACGUCAGAACACGGUCAAACAGGCUCCCGACGUGGUGCUGGACACCCUGGAGCCCAUCAAGAACCCAGUCAGCUCCGAGCCCGGCAGCCCCCUGCACACCAUCAUGAUCCGUGACCCGGACGCAGCCAUGCGUCGCAGCAGCAGCUCCACCUCCGAGAUGAUGACCACCUUCAAACCUGCCCUGUCGGCUCGCAUGGCCGGAGCGCAGCUUCGCCCUCCGCCCAUGCGGCCCGUGCGCCCCGCUCCCACCCAGCACCGCUCCAGCAGCUCCAGUUCUUCUGGCGUGGGCAGUCCGGCUGUAACUCCCACUGACAAGAUGUUCCCUAACAGCAGCACAGCAGCUGGAUCCAGUCUGGCCGGCGAUUCUGCCGACAAGUCUGGAACCAUGUAGCAAAGGUGGAAGCUGUAGGCUGUAAAUAAGACUCAAAUGAACUUUUAUUUUUAAUAUACCGUGCAGUUGUUGAGCAUCCGGACGAAUCCACACGUGCACCUCAGGGAGAUGUGUUCAAACAGCACUCCAGGGAUCACAGGUCUCAUGCAUGAUCAAGAGAGGAGCUGUAUGAGUUUCCAUAGUUUCUGCCUGAAGAAAACUGUCAAUCACACGCUGGUUGUUUGAGGGGCUCAGGAUUUAGAGCUUCCCCAGUGAAGACAGAGCUGCUGGGAGUGUUUGCUGAUGUGCAACCGGGAGAUAGGGAUUUAUCUCUCUCUUUUCUGCCUGAGUUAAUUCUUACGUUCAGGAAGCUUCUGAAGCGUGUUGCUAUGGCGAUGCAGUGGGGGGGAAGAAGAAGCUGUAGAGGUGUGAUAGCACAAUGCUUCACUCUCUUUCAGACAGACUUAUCUGUUUUUCACUCUUACCUCAAUUUACACUGAAGCAGGUGACGUCUCUCUCGCUGUCUUUUUUUAAACCGACGAUCUCAAUGCAAGUGUAGCAAUAGUUGUGUGUCUGGAGUUUGUAUUGUAUUACGUCCUGGUGAUGUUGACUUGAUAACUUGCCUUAACUUGACAGCCGAAGACAUUCAGGUAGUGCUGGGUGGUUCGCCGGAUCAGGUGGGAGUUCAUAUCCAGCUAUGCAUAUUGUGCUUGUGGCAGGUUCUCACUGUGACUUCUGCAGUCUUGUGUGCUCAGAACAUUUGCUGCUUUCUCAAAGUCUCUGAAUUUAUUAGGCCUGUUCCCUCGAUCUUUGUAUGUGAAUGUGAAUUGCUGAAGCCACAUUAGCAGACCCCCCCCCCCAGAAAAAUAGCUCUUACAUUUAUGUAAAAUGGCUCCCCGAAGACAGCAGGUUCAUCCGCUGAGAUAGAAGUCAGAUCUCAGGAGCAGCGGUCAAAGCAAAGGAGCCCAGACUUCCUUCUGCCUGGAGGCCGAUGCUCCCUUCUUCCCGGGUCUGCACGAGCAGCAGUUGCAGAUCUGCUCUGUGAUUCUCCCUGAUGACAGUGUCCGGACACCCAGCCCAAAAAAACCUCAUAAUUUGGGUCCAUUUUGAGACAAGUGAAGUUUGAGCGGCCUUAAAUAGAACUGGAUCAGAUGACCAACCUGAGUCUGAUUGUAAUAAACUAAUUUGAAGACACUAGAUUCAAGUGAAAGCAGCCUCCUAAAGCAAUGUUUGACUAGGUUUAUUUUAUUUUAAUUUGAGGGACAAAAAAUAUUGUCAAAUUACGUUAACGUAACAUUUCAGCUUAACUACUGCAGGGGGAAAAUACAUGAAUAAAAUUGAACCUAGAAGAUAACUUCUUUUUAUUCAAAUAGCAAUGAAUGAUCAAAGCAUCAUUUCUUUCAUAGUUGGGAUCUGACUUGAUGAGGGCCCCAUGUGGCCCCCCUAGCUGCCCUCGAAGUGGUGAUGAGCUGAUGAGGCUUCAUGAAGCAGUUUAGUCAUUUUCAGAGCCCGCUAGAUGGCGCUAUCUGCUCUAGAAUCCGUGGAUUGAACAAACAUUUCAAUGGAACCUCACAUCAUGUUCACGCUCUGGCAAUGAGGACACUGUUUCAUGAAGCCUCAUGAACACAUCACUAGCAGGAAGCCUAAAAAGUAGAUGGCAAAGAGCAACAGACUGAAUAUGCAUGGACCUACACCUUCAAUAGACUUGUGAGCGUCCCGGCCGUGCCGCCCAGCACUACAGCCGCUCCAGUAACAUCAACUCUGCUUAGUAUAGGGGCCACACUGUGGCUUCACUGGAAUUUGUUUCUGCUUUUCUUUGUAUAGUCCAAACACGAUGACAGCUUUGAGAGGGCCCGGUGAGACUAAAUCAAUCAAGGCAAUGCUUCAGAUGCGAAGGAAUUUACCUAAGUCUUAUUUGUCUUACGGUUAGUAAACAUCUCCAAAUGAAGGCAGCAUCAAAGCCUUUCUGGCAUUUGAUCAAGACGUUAAUAAAUAAAUUAAAAAAAAAAAAAACAAGCGUGGGAUUAAAGUCUCCAAAACAUCCAGAGGAAAUCUGACUCAAACUGUGCGAGUCUGACAGCCUCCAGGAUAAACCUUGCUGUUCUGCGUGGGAAAACCAAACACAAACUUUCCUGCUCGUGGCUGAAAUCCUGUGGUGAAUCUGUACAUAAACAACAGCUGGUGAGAUUUUAAUGUUGAUGGUGUACAGCAGAAAUAGACAAAACGGUACUUGAAUAGACCCAACCACACGUCGCCUAUACUUUCUGUGAAUUGUGAGGACUAGAUUCCAGCUCCUCUACCUUCGGCGCUGUUGACCGAACUGUACAAAAAAAAAAAAAAAAAAAAAGUCAUAUUAAGGUUGUUGAUUGUACGAUAAAUAGUGAUGAACUAGGUGUUUAAAAAAAUGUGAAA